CAGUAGCUGAGAAUGUCUCCUCACGCAAGAGCGACUACUCUGUAAUCACAGCCCAAAACAGAAGGAAGUGACGUCAGCCUCAGUCUGUUUCCUGUGGGUGACCUCUGGCAAACGAUUCUCAACAUGAUUGCGGCAGGAGGCCAGCCGAUGAAGUAUCCCUACACAAUUUCUGCAAAGUUGGCCCAGUUUCCAUACCGCUGGCACUGGAAACAUGGUCGUUUUAUACGCUUCCUUGCUUUCACCCUAGUGGGUGUGUCUCCUUUAAUUAUCACAAUCCACAAAGCAGUUCACUCCCCUGAAAAUGAGCGUCACUGGGAGGAGAUUCGCAGAAAGAGAGAACAUUCCCACUUUGAUCCUGUACACUAGCAGAAUAGAAGUAUUAUCAAAGAAUGUAGUUAACAGUGCUUUUGUGGAAAAAGGGUGAGAGAAUAUAAUAAAAGCACGAAAAAGGAUGAUCAGAACUUGAAAAAUACAAGCUUUGUAUGGAUAGAGAUUUGAAAUAAAAGCUAAAUGAUUAA